GGAGCGCCUGGCACGCGAUUGGCUGUCCUCUCUGACUGGUUUCCUCUGCCUGGGUGUUGGCCGCCAUCUUGCUGUCAGUCUGUGCGGAAGCCGCUCCCGUUUUCGGACAUGGCUUCCCGGCUCCCGGCCUGUGUGGUGGACUGCGGCACGGGGUAUACAAAGCUUGGAUAUGCCGGGAACACAGAGCCGCAGUUCAUCAUCCCAUCAUGUAUUGCUAUUAAGGAGUCCGCAAAAGUUGGAGACCAAGCUCAGAGACGGCUGAUGAAAGGAGUGGACGAUCUGGACUUCUUCAUUGGGGAUGAAGCUAUAGACAAGCCAACAUAUGCCACAAAGUGGCCAAUUCGUCAUGGAAUUGUGGAGGACUGGGAUCUCAUGGAGCGUUUUAUGGAACAAGUUAUAUUCAAGUAUCUAAGAGCCGAGCCAGAAGAUCAUUACUUCCUCCUGACUGAGCCUCCUCUGAACACUCCAGAGAACAGGGAAUACACUGCUGAGAUCAUGUUUGAGUCUUUCAAUGUCCCAGGGUUGUAUAUAGCAGUCCAGGCUGUACUUGCCUUGGCUGCUUCUUGGACAUCCAGACAAGUUGGUGAGCGCACACUAACCGGGACAGUGAUAGACAGUGGAGAUGGUGUGACACACGUCAUUCCCGUGGCUGAAGGCUACGUGAUCGGAAGCUGUAUUAAGCACAUCCCCAUUGCUGGCCGAGACAUUACCUACUUCAUCCAGCAGCUGCUCAGAGACAGAGAGGUGGGAAUCCCCCCGGAACAGUCCCUGGAGACGGCCAAAGCUGUGAAGGAGCGUUUCAGCUAUGUCUGUCCUGACUUGGUGAAAGAAUUCAGCAAAUACGAUACAGACGGUGCCAAGUGGAUCAAGCAGUACAGCGGCAUUAACGCAGUGUCCAAGAAAGAGUUCUGUAUUGACGUUGGUUACGAGAGAUUUCUGGGACCUGAGAUCUUCUUUCAUCCAGAGUUUGCAAAUCCAGAUUUCACUCAGCCCAUCUCGGAAGUUGUGGAUGAAGUGAUUCAGAACUGUCCCAUCGAUGUCCGACGUCCUCUCUACAAGAAUAUAGUCCUCUCCGGUGGCUCCACCAUGUUCAGGGACUUUGGCCGUCGUCUGCAAAGAGACCUGAAGAGAACAGUCGAUGCUAGACUGAAGCUGAGUGAGGAGCUUAGUGGCGGUCGUCUGAAGCCCAAGCCAAUUGAUGUACAGGUGAUCACACACCACAUGCAGCGUUACGCAGUCUGGUUUGGAGGCUCCAUGCUGGCAUCUACACCGGAGUUUUACCAGGUUUGCCACACGAAAAAGGAUUAUGAAGAGAUCGGGCCCAGCAUCUGCCGCCACAAUCCAGUGUUUGGGGUCAUGUCUUAAAUCAUGGAAUGGUGAUGGUUGCUGUUGUCAUGUUCUUGGGGAGAAGAUGGGGGGGGUUGGGGAACCUCUCCUCAGGGGCUGCUGUGGGCAACAUACACGUUCCCAUGUGACCCGUUUCAUGCCAGAGUUGUCCUCAUAUUACGGUUCAAUAAAAACAAAAGCUCUGGGCUUUAGUUUUGUGCCUGGUAUUUUGUAUGGACUUCUGUUCCUCAUGGGUGACACCUCUGUCUGCUGCUUCCUGUGACCGGUCAUAGGAACCGCUUUUUGUAUCUUUUUAUUGGGGCCAAUGAGUAAGUUUUAGCUCCAUUGGCAGAGGCUCUACAGGAGUCAGUCCCUCUGCAUUCAAUACGCUUGUGUCCCAGACCCUGCCGCCUCUGUUCUUCGCUUGCACACAGCUGGACCGUAUCUGCAAAUAAUGUCUAGUGGUUUUCAUUGAUAAUAAUUAAAUGGUUAAAUUUUUUUUGUUUUGUGACGCCUGAGAUCAUUCCAAUAAAGGGCAGCAUAUCUUUUCUA